UCUAUCAUCUAAAACCUCUCCCCCACUCUCGUAUGGUGAUCUCUUCUCACCCGUUCCUCCACCAUGCGGUUUCUCUCUCUCCUCCUCCUCCUCUCUCUCGUCUCCUCCGCCCUCUCUCAACCCCCCAGAAGUACACUGAUUGAUUGCGGCGCCACCGUCCCCACGGUGAUCAACGGCAGCAAAUGGCUUCCCGACGCCGGUUUCAUCUCCGCCGGAACCCCCAAAAACCUAAGCACUGCCGUUCUCCUGCCAAUCUUGUCCACCGUCCGAUCGUUUCCUCUCAGAGGCAAUCUUCGCCGGAAAUUCUGCUAUGACGUGCCGGCGUACCGCACCGGGAAGUACCUAAUCAGGACCACGUACUUCUACGGCGGAAUCAACGGCAACAAUUCGCCCCCCGUGUUUGAUCAGAUUGUGGAUGGAACUUUCUGGAGCUUGGUGAACACUACAGAUGAUUUUUUGCAGGGGUUGUCUUCGUAUUACGAGGGGGUUUUCGUUGCUACAGGGAAGUCAAUAAGUGUUUGUAUUGCUGCUAAUACGUACACCGAUUCGGACCCGUUUAUAUCGGCUUUAGAGCUUGUGCUUUUGGCCAAUUCGCUGUACAAUUCGACAAAUUUUGGCACAUAUGGUUUGAGAUUGGUUGCAAGGCACAGUUUUGGGUAUAAUGGAUCGAUCAUUGGAUAUCCUGAUGAUUUAUUUGAUCGUUAUUGGGAGCCAUUUGGAGAAAAUAAUCCUACCAUGGCAAGUGGCAGAGACGUUUCUGUUUCUGGUUUUUGGAAUCUCCCCCCUUUGAAGAUAUUUGAGACAAAGUUGACAACUUCUCAACCAGUACCUUUGGAGUUCAAGUGGCCUCCAACAUCUCUUCCAAACUCGUCAUACUACAUUGCUCUUUACUUUGCGGAUGAUCGCAAUUCAUCUUCUAGGGUUUUCAAUAUAAGCAUAAAUGGCAUAAUUUAUUACCAAGAUCUGAAUGUGACUUCAGCAGGCGUUGUGGUUUUUGCAAACCAGUGGCCUCUUAUUGGCCUUACAAAGAUAACUCUGAAUCCUGCUGCCGGGUCAAGCAUCGGUCCAUUGAUUAAUGCGGGAGAGGUUUUCGAAGAGCUGAUCCUUGGUGGAAAAACUCUUACACGAGAUGUAAUUGCUUUGGAACAAGUGAAGCAGAGUUUCCAGAACCCUCCAACUGAUUGGAAUGGUGAUCCUUGUUUACCAAGUCAGUACUCAUGGACUGGAGUUACAUGUUCCGGAGGACCCCGGAUUCGUGUAGUUGCCUUAAACCUUACAAGCAUGGGUCUUUCAGGAUCACUCUCACCUAAUCUUGGCAAUCUAACUGCAUUGUCUGACAUCUGGCUUGGAAACAACAGCUUGUCAGGAACUGUACCUGAUUUCAGUCCGUUAAAGAGAUUAGAGAGAUUACAUUUGGAAGACAAUCAGCUUAGUGGAGAGAUUCCCCCAUCACUUGGAAACAUUAACAGCUUGCGUGAACUUUUCUUGCAAGGUAAUAAUCUAACUGGUCAAGUGCCAAGCAACCUUAUAAAAGCUGGGUUGAACCUUAAGACUUCUCCUGGGAAUCAGUUUUUGUCACCACCGCCUUCUUGAGUUAAUAGUCUAUGCAUCUGAAGGUACACGCCUCAUGGCUGGAUCAAUGGGAAAUUUUACAUGUUUGUGUUUCUUGUAUACCCGAAAUUGCAUACUCAAAAUGGCUGUCCAUGUAUAGUUCCAUUCUUUCCUCAUUACAUGAAAUUGUAGUGUAUUCUCAAGUUGUAUGCCAAAUGUUGUCCAUAUACAGUCAUUUUUUAAAUUUUUUUUCUCUGUUUGAGAAAUGUAUUUGUAAUUUCUAUACGUGUGAGAUAGUAUGUUUUGAUUUUGUUCCUUGUGGCUUCAUUAUUUAUUACAUAUGGUAUCAAAUAUUAGAAGCGUGAAAUAGCUUCUUUCUUCUGUUGGCA